AAGCAACUGCCGUCUAAUGACAAAUAUUGUCUGCGGCUACGACACACCAUUUGCGCGGAAUGCCAGGUCCCACAGGAUCUUUGCGUUUUUCAACUAAAUAUCGAGCUCUAAAUGGUGAAGUCGACGGGUAUCUUGGAUAAGACCUUGAGCAAAGGAAAAAAUGAGGUGAGCCUCUCCGCUUUCGCUCUUCUUUUCUCCGAAGUUGUGAAAUAUGCUCAGGAGCGGUCUGAAACUGUCACGGAUAUUCACGACAAGCUUGCAUCGUAUGGGAAAAUUGUAGGAAUACGAUUGCUGGAUGUUGUUACUUUACGGGAGAAAGGGUACCGAAGAGAGACCAAACUCUUAGGUAUGUUGAUGUUCAUAAAAUCUUCUGUCUGGAAAAACCUAUUUGGGAAAGAAGCUGACAAAUUGGAACGCUCUAAUGAUGAUCAGUGUACAUAUCUUUUAAUCGAAAAGGAACCUGUGGUGAAUACAUUCAUAUCUGUUCCAAAAGACAAAGGGAUGUUGAACUGUGCCGCGUUUGUUGCUGGUAUCAUCCAGGCCAUGCUUGAGGCAAGUAACUUCCCAUGCCAAGUUUCGGCUCAUUGGUGGAAUAUUGGCACGGCUUACGUAAUCCGCUUCGAUGAAGUCGUGAUCUCUCGCGAAGCUGCGCUUGUGGAUGGCUCUCGGUAAAAGAAAUGAAAUGUGCAACAUUAUUUUUGUCAUAAUAUUUCAAAGUAAAUUAUUUAUACCAA